GUGGGAAGAGCCCGAUGGGGUGAGAGGCGCCUGUGUGUUCAAAGUUAGGUUUAUUUAUCUUUAACAACUUUAUUGAGGAUGCAUUUACCUACCGUACAAUCCACCCCUUGUAAGUGCACAACUCUGUUACUUUAAUAAGUUUACUAAGUGGGGCAAGCGUCACCAAGAUCCAGCUUUAGAACUUUUCUGUCUACCCAAGGAUAUCACUCCUGGCCCUUUGCAGUCCCUCCUCGCUCCUACUCCCAGCCCCAGGCAACCACUGAUGCGCUUUCUGACUAUAAAGUUGCCUUUUCUGGAUGAUCCUUAUGAAUGGGGUCAUACAGUAUAUGGUUACUUUCCCUUAGCAUGAUGUGUCCGAGAUAUAUGCAUGCAUGUUGUUGUAUGUAUCCAUAUUCUUUUUUUUAGUGCUGAAUAGUAUUUCAUUGGAUGGAUGGACCUCGGUUCUUAUCCAUUCACUAGUUAAUGGACUUUUGGGUUGUUUCCACUUUUUGCCUACUAUGAAUAAUAAUUAAUAUGAACAUUUGCAUACAUUUCAAUCACCUUUGGCUACAUGGGAACUGCCAGACUGUUUUCCAAGUUGGUGACUGUACCAUUGUAAUGCUCCAUGACUGUGUAUGAGGGCACCAAUUUCUUCACACCCUCAGCAACACUUGUUAUUAUCUACAGUUUCUAAUUUAUUCAUUUAUUUUUUUUUUUUGAUGUUUAUUUUUGAGAGAGAGACAGAAUGCGAGUGGGGGAUGGGCAGAGAGGGAGGGAGACACAGAAUCCGAAGCAGGCUCCAGGCUCCACCCUGUGAACACAGAGCCCGGGCUCAGGCUUAACUCACAAACCAUGAGAUCAUGAUCUGAGCCGAAGUUGGAUACUUAACCGACUGAGCCACCCAGGCGCCCCAUCUGUGGUUUUGAUUGUAGGCAUUCUAGUGGCUGUGAACUGGGAUCUGGUGGUUUUGAUUUGCAUUUGCCUAAUGGCUAGUGAUGUUGAACAUCGUUUCAUGUGCUUAUUGGCCAUUUGUAUGUUUUCUUUUUUUUUCAGCGAGGUAUCUGUUCAUAUCCUUUGCCCAUAGGGUUGUUUUUAAUUGUGUUUUAAAAAUAUAUCGAUUUUAGUUGUGAUGCAAUGGAUAGAACAUAAAACUUGCCGUUGUAACCAUUGUUGAUUUAUUUCUAAACCUAGGGAGACUUUUCAGAAAAACUAGAUGCUGUUAAACCUGGCCUGGUGGUCGGGCUUUCCCUCUGACCCACAGAAUGGUGGGGGCUGAGUCACCUCCUGAGCCUCGGUUAGAAAAAUAUCAACCAAGGUAGCUGUUGACUUUCCAGCAGUCUCUACUUCCUCUUUACCACGUCCUUCCUGCUAAAAGCCCGCUAAUGCAGAUGAGCAAGCCGAAGCACAGAGUGGUCAAGUAACUUGCCCAGCAUCACACAGGCUAGGACUCCUGCACUGUUUCUGUCAGGUGUGGUUGGUUUUGCCUUCACUGACCCCUGUGGUCAGGCCUGUGCGAGGCACUCUAAGUACCCAGAUGGGGAUGAGCAAGCAGAAUGGCUUCCAGAAGAAGAACCGACCAUCCCACGCGCAAUAUUUUUGGUGAUUUUAGUGAUCUUUCCUUAGAGGAUUCAAGAAUGGAAGAAAUCAGAAACUUGAAAAUCGGUAGAAGUCUUACCCAAGUAGCACCCGGCCGCAGCAGAUUUCUCAAAGGACACCAAACUAUGGGUGUAAAAUACUCACUCCCAAAAGAGAAUGCUGUUGUGGAGGGUGGGCUCAGACUGUCUUCGGGGAGACCCCCGAUCACUGCCUCGAAGCUCAGGGCCAGCGCUGCGCUCACAAAACUGGCUCAGCUGGAAACCAAGAUCAUGAAUCGUAAAGCUCAGGCGGAUUUGUCUGAUGUGGAAUCUGACCUGAAGACCCCCGAGGACAGUCUUCCGAGGAGCGCAGAUACAGCCCUUCCCAGGAGCACAGUCGGACUUUCCUCACAUGGCCCAGAGAAAACCCAGAAACAAGCCCAUGAAACUCCCACGGCCGGGAGCGGCACACAGAGUGGGAAGGUCAGUAGGUUUCUAAAGAAGAGGGAACCACGCGUUGAAAAUGGGUUCCCUGAAACACAUUGUGGAAAAGAGAGGAGUUUUCAAACACCCAAAGAGAAAAAACCCACUAGAAAACUAGAUUCUCCAGACAGCGAUGAGGAGGAAAUGAAAGAGUUGCGAGGAGGCUUGGUAGAAUCUUCUAGAGAAAAAGAAACAUACACGAAUCGGCGUUUCGUCAGCUCCAAAGUCAGUGAGAAAGAACAAACAAAAGUAUUCUCGGAUCAGAUCCCAACUCAACCAAGAAUCCUUUCACUACCCAGUGAGGAACCUCCCGGCCCAAAGCCAUUUCGGACAUCAUGUCUGCCAGCCUCACAGUCAGCAGACGGGACCCUUCGCGGCACGCGCUCAAAAGCUCGCUCCCCACAGACUCACGCUUCAGGGGACACAGCCGCCUGCACAGCAUCACUGUCCAUCACUGGCACCUUUUCAAAAUCAGCCUCCAUGACGCCACAUGGCAAGCUCUCCCCUGGAAGGAGUGAGCCUGAGCCUCACGAUCAGUCGCCCUCAGAAGCUGCCGAUGACAGCCUGAAUGAUUUUCGAAUCAAUCUUUUAUCCCUCGAUGAUCUGGCUCCAGCUGUCAGUGAGAACUCAGACUUGGAACGGAAAAAAGAAGGGCAGCGGGAAAAGGCAUCCAGCCAAAGUCCCCAGGCAGGGGGCCCUCCCACUGGAAGCGAGAUCUCAGAGUGCCUGAGCGAGCCAUCGGCUUCCUCUGCCGGGCCUGAGGAUGCUUCCAGCCCGAGGCCAACGUCUCAGGAGCCCACGGCCAGCACAGUGAGCUCGGCUUACUCAGAAGAUUUUGAAAAAUCCCCAAAUUCGACAGCAUCCGAGUCAAGGGCCUGUUCCGAGUCUCCUGAAAGGACGCUGGACACUCUGUCAGAAUUCUCUGCAAGCCUGAAGACAGACCUUCCCCUGCCAACGCUCAAACCUUGGAAAAAGCAAGUCAGGGACGUUACAAGAGUCAUCACGAAGGAGACGGCUGUGCAGACCCUCGAGCCUGCCUUCACCUACCAGUGGGUGGAGGGGCCCGGUGUGGCGGCCGUCGGACCGGCUCUGGGAGGUGCCUACGUGGACCCCGUGCCCAUUGCCAGCCACGUCGUCAGCGCGGACUCCAUAGAAGCCCUGACAGCUUACAGCCCGGCCGCGUUGGCGCUCAACGACAUGCUGAAGCAGCAGCUGAGCCUGACGCAGCAGUUCGUGGAGGCCAGCCGGCACCUGCACAUGUCCCUCCUGCAGUCCCUGGACCGAGACUCCUUCCACUACCACACCCUGGAGGAAACCAAACAGCAUUGUCACGUGGCUUCGCGUCAUGGUCUUUUUCUGCCCACCUGCCCGGGAGCCACUGGGGACAGGUGCUGCCUCCAGCACCCAAAGCCUCAGUGGACUGAGGUGGCGGUGGUGACGGCCCCCUGUCCUCUGCCCCACAGUACAUCAGGCACCACAGGCCUGCCCCGCUGUCCAUGGAGGAUGCCCUGGAGGAGGUGGAGGAGGAGCUCUGGGGACCGGAGCGGAGUAGUGGAACUCGCCCGGCCCCCGAGGGGACGCGCGGGCCGGUGGCAGUGGCCCCACGGGUGGAGUGGUCACCACUCACGGCCGGACGGAGGAUGCCAGCCUGUCCGGAGCCCCGUGGAGCGGCUGUGCCGGCCGGGUGCUGGCCGCCCAGUGAGCGGACAUAGACGGGAGGGGCCACAGCCCCGUCUGCUAAGCAGGAGCCUGGGCCAGGUGUCCACGCCGGGCACACCCACAUGAGGCGCCAGGGCAGCUCCUGACCUGACCGCACGACUCGGACGCAGUCUCUGCAUUCCAGGCACGCCUGCUCCCGACUCGGCUGGAGCACACUUCUAACUUGAACACGCAGAGAAAAAGGUCUUUAAAAAAAGUUUUUAUUUGAAGGCAAAACAGUAAAAUCCACAAGAAAUUGUUAA